AUGGUUGGAAAGUACGUCAUUCAAGGUGGUCUGCUUUAUUUCAAAGACUCUAAGAUGACUUGUGGCCUGCAUCCAAUGAAGCAGCUCAAACUUUAUGCCCCGACAGCCAUUCGAGAUGACAAAGCUAAGCCAAAGAAAACCAGUAGUCCUGAUGGUCCUAAUCAAACCACAGAAACCUUGGGAAUAUACAGGAGUGUAGGCCCUCUGCCUCGUACACAGAAUGGAAAUGAGUACAUACUCAUCUUUGUUGACUAUUUUUCGAAAUGGGUCAAAGGUCAUCUGAUGGUCAAAUCAGAUGCCUUAGCAAACUUCACAGCCAAGCUGGUUCCAGUAUACUCAGGACCAUACCGUGUCACAAAGAAACUGUCUGAUGUUAUUUACAGACUCUCAAAAGUAGACAAUGGUGAAGAUGCUGGCGUGUUUCAUGUAGUAAAUCUACAGCCAUUUCACUCAUGGGAUACAGCCUUGUCCAAGAAAAUUUUCCAUGAAGAUGACGAUGAGCCACUAUCACUGAAUGGAGAUAACAUUGAUGAAGAUGGUGAUGGUGAUGAUGAAACAGACGAAGUAAUCCAUCACCUGUUUCUUCUGUUACUGUAUAUUAUUCAUGAAUUUCACAAGAAAUGGAACAGUGAUUAUGACAGGCUGGAAAGAGUUCACUCCUACAUUCAGUGGUUGUUUCCAUUACAAGAGCCAGGAAUGAAUUGGGGUGCACAUGUGCUCACAAAAAAGGAAAUAAAGCAUUUCCGUGAAGAUGUAAAUGCAAAGAAACUGUUGGUGAAAUCAUACAUGCUCAUGUUGGAUUUCUACGGCAUACAGUUGGUCAGUGAAUGUACAGGAGAAGUGAGACAUGCUGAUAACUGGGAAGAUCGCUUUAGGAACCUGAACAAAAAUACACACAACAACCUUCGCAUCACACGCAUCCUGAAGUGUUUGGGGACUUUGGGAUUCCAGCACUACCAAGCCCCGCUGGUCAAGUUCUUCCUCAAAGAAACUCUUGUUGAGGGAAACCUUGAAAGAGUGAAACAAAGUGUACUGGAUUACAUUGUGUUUGCUGUAUUGGACAAGCCAAAGAGGAGGGAGUUGAUUAGAUUUGCCUUUAAGCAUUUUGAGCCAAAAGACGAGUUUGUGUGGGGUCCCAUGAAGAUUCUGUUAGGUGAUGUGAAUAAACAUGGUGAAAGUGAAACCUUCAGGGAUACUACAAAGGAUGAAUGUAUGCUAUCUGAGAAAAGUUUUAAUCGCAAAAGCAAAUUAGAUGGAGAAUCCAAUGGAAAGCAGGUAUUUUCUAAGCAUUCAGCCUGUAGCUUGUCCACCAGUAACACUGCAAAACAUGAGCUGGAAACUCCAGAAAGUGAAAAUAAGGAGUCCAAUAAGAGCAAACAGGAAGUAAUCCAAGUAGAUAAUCCUAGUGGAGAGAUGGAAAGUGUAACUAGCGAACAAAAUGGUAAACCAAAUAGGAAUGAAACUAGUGUUGAAGUGUGCCUGUAAUAGGAAAACUAACACAAGUAAAUGCAAGCCUGAGUUCACACUUUUGUUUCUCUGCUCUGAAUUAUUUUAAAUUUUACAGAAAAGAUAUUUGAAUGCCCUUCAUGGUUUUAAGUUGAAGCUGAAUUAAAGUUGAAUGUCACAAACUUUAAGAUGAAGUAUGAGAUUUUGAACAUUUGUUAUUUUGGUUUUUUUUUCUUGCUUGCUUGCUUGGAAGAUUGAUGAAAUGAAAUUAGAAGCAGUAUUAUAAAAUUACAUUUGUCUGCCUUAAGCAAAUAAAUGUAGUCUCUCCACUGACAAAAUGGCAUUGAUAAAAGUCUGACAGGUUCACAAAGAAAUGAAGGAGAGUGAUGGUGAAGUUGUGGUGGUGAAGCAACAUUGCAAAAUGAAAACUAACACUAAUAAAUUAUUUAAGGGUUAUUUUCUUUGUUUCUCUAAUAUACUUAAUUAUUUUGAAAUAGCAUAGCAUACAUUGGAUGCCUUUAUAUCUCAAGUUGAAAUGACAGGCUUAUUUAACAGAUUGAUGACUAAAGACUAAAGUUCUUAAAAAUUACAAUACAAUACUGGACAAGUGGAUGCAACAUAUGAUUCUGUAGAAGUAUAUAAUGAUAAUGCUGUGUUUGUUUAUUGUAGUUUCUAUUGUUGAAGCAAUUAAAUAUUCUCUCCACUGAAGAAUGGUGUCAUUACUGGUGAAAACAAGAACAGAGCCUGCUAUA